UGGCGGCCUUGUGUGCACGUUUCGGCAAUUGGAAGAUUAGCCGGGCAGCAACGUGCUUAAGAACUUUAAGGGUCUCGGGGCAAGCAACCAAUAAGAAUAUCGAUCUCUACGUCAGGGAUGUUGCCUCCCGCACUUAUUCGACGACUGGAUUGUACCGAAGGGCGAACUAUGGGAGACCGAGGGACUUCAAAAUGUAUGGUUACAGUGGUAUUGGGUCCGAACUCUCACCUUGGAUUAAAGGAGCGAGAUGCUUUUCGUUGUUCGGUUCACAAAGUUCCUCAACAAGUUCAGAUAAUACAGAACUUCUGCAAGAAGAGAAAGUCACAAAUCCAUUUGUACAGGAGGAUGGUUCAGGAUCAGUCUUAGAGUCCAUGGCCACAGAGGGCACAAUGUUUAAUGAUUUGGCAGAUAACCUAGCUUCUGUUGGAGAGCCAAGUUUGGCAAGUUUAGGAUUAGGUGGCUGGGGCCCAACUGGUAUUAUUCAACAAUGCCUGGAGUUUCUCCAUGUUACUGGAGGUCUCUCAUGGUGUGCUUCCAUAGCUGUGACCACAGUAUGCAUCCGUCUCUUGCUUCUUCCUCUGAUUAUCAAGUCACAGGCCAACACAGUUCGACUGAACAAUGCGCGGCCGCAGUUACAAGAGGCAGAGGCAAAGAUGAGAGAACUGUCUAACUCUCGUGAUUCAGCGGCACAAGCACAAGCUGCUACAAUGCUGGGAAAUAUUUACAGAGAGAACAAAUGUCACCCUGUUAAGAGUUUAGGGGCCAUUUUUUUCCAGUUUCCUGUUUUCAUCUCAUUCUUUUUUGCUAUCAGAAGAAUGGCUUAUUUGCCGGUAGAAUCAUUUAAGACUGGAGGAUAUCUUUGGUUUCAAGACUUGACAUUAAGUGAUCCAUACUAUGUUUUACCUAUCAUUUGCAGUUUCUCCAUGUUGGCAUCCAUAGAACUAGGUGGUGAGGUUGGAGUCAGGACUCCUCAUAUGGAGACAAUGAAGACAAUCUUUCGCAUCAUGGCUGUUGCAUUGAUCCCUUUCACAGCACAUUUUCCUGCAGCCAUUUUCUCUUAUUGGGUAACAUCCAACUUGUUUACAAUUGGUCAAGUCGGACUUUUAAAAAGCUCUGCAGUACGAAGAGCUGUAGGAAUCCCUGAAAUGAUAAAGCAUGAAAAUCUACCAGAAGCUGGAAGCUGGCUUGAGAACCUGAAGGCUGGGUAUAAGAAUUCACAAGAGGUGAGUCAACUAAAACAUGAAGAGAAAAUGAAGAGACAGAGAUUGAAGGCCAUGGGAGAGGCCCCCUUGGAAGCAACAUAUGAGUUCAAUCCCAGGAUUGAACAGAACCAGGAGAUUUUCAAUUUGUCUGACAGUGAAAAAAAGAGUGACAAACGUGGAAGGAACAGAAGAAGAAUGUUGGAGAGGCUGGAGAAACCAGCCCCUCAAACUGACCUUAGGGUAAAAUUCAACCAGGAGUAUUUCAGUGCCAAGGCUCAUCAACAAGCAAAAAAAAAAGAGUGAAAAUUCAAGUGGAAUAGUCUCUUAGAGGUUCUCAGUCAGUGAAAAGGAGAGAAAAAAGUGGCGAGGGGGGGAGGGGCAGUGCUUGUUGGGGAAAUUUGUUUUUGUUUGCCUGACACUGAAGUCUUUCACGUGCCUGACCAUUUUUGUUUCACAACUGACUGAGAGUCUGGCUCAAAAUACGAGAAAUACCGCCACUUGACCCACAUUCUAAGUUUACCAAGGCCUGAAUAUGUUUUCAUUAUCAGCUGGAGAUGAUAAGCAGCUGGAGAUGAUAAGCAGCUGGAGAUGAUAAGCAGCAGAUUAUGCUCUGAUUUCUUCGACCAUUUUUUUGACAUGUACAGUUACCAAAUAUAUUGUUUUAAAAGAGAAGCUUCACGUGACAUGUAGUCAAUAGUGUGAUCUAUUUGCUUCUAAGAACAGGAUUUCUUAAUUUGUUCACUGUGUAAGGUUUUCAAAGGUUGCAGUAUUGGUGUAAACGGGUCGGAGAUCAUUCUGCAUAUUUGAUAGAAUAUGUUACUUUUUCGCGCCCACUAUAUUUUGACGCCAUCUGUGAUCAGUUACUGAACGCGGCACGGUAGCAUAAAAUUCACGUGUUAAACUGGUAUUUGGACUCGUUUAGAAUCUAAUUUAACAUGGAAGACGAGCUUAAAUUGAUUUCGUAGAGUCUGUUUAGACAGCGUAAAAAUCCUGAUUACAAACCCUCAAGGGUACAUAUCAAACUUUGAGCACAUUUUUCAUUAGACCAACUUGCACUGCGUUUUUCCUUCCGAUAUAUGAGCGAGAAACUAGUCAGACGAUAAUAAAUGUGGUAGCGAUUGAUUUAA